AUGGUCACGCAAGGGUCAAGCAAUGACCUGGUAGAAACCGAGGACAUACCGGAAUAUAUGAAGGAUCUCUACGCCAAAGCUUGCGAAGAAGAUCGCAUCAUGGCCAUGUCUCUCUCAAUUCCCGCGAAUAGGAGAUCCACAACGAUGCUAGUCCAGGGGAAGGGCAGGGAGGUCAUCGCCAAGGUUGAAGAACUGUCUGCGGACAACCCGACUCGCAAGGAACGAGGAUUAGAACAGCAUGGGAUAAAGCCCGCUGUUCUAGUAUAUUCCUCCGGUGAAAAUAUCGUCGGCCAGCCUUACAUGGUAAUCAUUCCUUUCUUCAUUUCCGGAAAGGUUACAGUAGGCGGCAAAAAAAUACAGUUGGACCAAUAUUAUCAUAUAUAUGGAAACUGCCGGUUGACAAUUGAGAGUGAGCUAGGUCUCGAAGGCAAACUAGGGGUGUGGGCGUACAAGUUAGGGAAAUAG